AUGAGUAAAAAUAAAAUUAUUAAAGAACAAUUUUUACCACAUAAAUUUAUUAAUGAUACAAAAGAGCAAGAAACAUUACGCAUAAAUGAAUUAGAUAAAUUAGAUAAGGAACUAUUAAAAAAUGAGUAUACGAGUAAAUUAGAAAAAGAACUUAUUUUAAAAAAUGUAAACUUUAAAAAAGAUUUGAAUAUGUUAAAAUUAAACUUUGGGGGUAAUAUGAUAAAAAAUAAGCCAAUAUUAACAAAAAAUAAUAUUUCUUACUUUUGUAGUGAUAGUUCUAUCUUAUUAAUAGACUUUAAUACAAAAAAGAAAAGUAGAAUUGUAACAUCGUUUUUUAUAGAUAAAAUGUUUUAUUUUUAUGAUAAGAAAUGUAAUGAAGAAUAUUUAAUUAUAAAAAGCUUUAAUAAUUAUAUAUAUUUAUAUCAUAUUAGUAAUAAAAAAUUUAAUUUCAUUAAAAGAUUUUUUAUAAAAAAUCUUUUUUAUAUAAACAGUUUUGGCAAAAAUGGAGAAUUAUGUUUUGCAACAUGGGAGUUAUGCGAAAAAAAAAUGUAUGUAAAUUUUUUCUUAUUACGAUUUAUUUUUAAUUAUGAAACAAAUUUUUAUGACUUUAAUGAAAAAUCAAAUAAAAAUAAAAAAAAAAACAUUUCUAGCAAUCAUAUAACAUACACAUUUUCUUCUGAUUCUGAAUGUGAUUUUGAUUUGAAAUAUUUUCCUAACGAAUUAACAGUAGAUAAUUCAGAAUAUGAAGGAGAAGAACAAAAACAAAAUCAGACAAAAAAAAAAAAAAAUAUAACAAAAAAUGAAAAUAUAUAUAUUACAGCUAAAUUAAAAAUAAAGCCAAUAUUAAAAAUAAAAUAUAUUUAUUUUUCUAUGAUAGAUCUAAAUACAAAUUUAAAUAAAUUGGUUUUAGCUAAUAAUAAUAUAAUAUUAAUAUAUGAUAUAAUAAAAAAAUGUUAUAAUAUUAUUUAUUUUAAAAAUUAUAUAUCAUCUAUAAAAAUAAGUGAUGAAAAUUUUUUGUGCAUUGGUUUUAUAAAUGGAUAUAUAUAUAUAUUAUUAUUUGAUGAAUUAAAAUUAGAUAAAGGAAAUGACAAUAUAAAUAAUUUAAAAGAAAAUCAAUCUUAUCAAAAUAUUUAUGAUCAAAUUAAAACAUUUCAUUUUAUUAGUAAUUCAGAUUCAAUUGAUAGUACAUUUCCGUAUAUAGAAAGUUAUGAAGUUGAUUAUAUAAAUGAUAAAUUAAAUAAUUCACAAAUUGGAAUUGAAGUAGAAAAAAAAAAUGAUAUAAAUUAUCAAAUGAAUAUGCUUAAUAUACCAUAUAUUAAUUUUCAAUUUCAUAAAAAUCGAAUUGUUAAUAUUCAAAAAUUCCAUAUUAUAAAAUAUAAAUGGCAUAGUCAUUCAGUUUAUAAUUUAACAGUAGAAGGUAAGAAAAUUAUAUCAAGUGGAGAAGAAGCUGUUAUUUUAUUUUAUGAUUUACAAAAAGGAUCAUAUGAAUUUAUUUCUCACUUAGGAUUACCAUGUUACUAUAUUUAUUUAAAUAAGAGAAAAAAUAUAAUUAUAUGUAAUGCAUUAAAUAAUUCUAUUUUUUUUAUUAAUUACAAUCAUCGUCUUUUUUUUUAUAAAUAUAAUGGUAUAAAUAUGCCAUUAUCUCUAAAGAAUUUAUUUUACAAUUAUUCUAAUGUCCAUUUAAAUAUUAAAAAUAGUAUAGAUAUAUUUUUAGAUCAAAUUAAUGACAAAUAUGAUUAUACUAAUGAAAUGGAGAAUAACGAUGGGAAUCAAAGUAAAGGUAUUGUUGUAUAUAAUAAUCAGAAUGGUGUGAAUGAAAAUUCAAAAAAUAAUUUUUUUAAUAACGAUUUUUCUGAAAACUCUUUAAUCAACUGUAGUAGUGAGAGUGAUGAAAACGAAGAUGAUGAUGAAAAUGAAGAAAAUGAAAAUGAAGAUGAAGAUGAAAAUGAAGAAAAUGAAAACGAAGAUGAAGAUGAAGAAAAAAAUGAAGAUGAAAAAAAUGAAAAUGAGAAUGAGAAUGAUAUUAAGAAUUUAAGGGAUAGUAGCAAAGAAGAUGAAAAUAAUAAUGAGGAAAAACAAAAAUUGAUAGAAAACAGAAAGAAAAGGAAAAAUUUUCUUAGUUUUAAAUCUAUACAAAGAGAAUUAGAAAAAAAAAUAUAUAAUAAUAUAAAUAUAGAAAAUAAUUUAUACAAAAAAUAUCAAAUUUCUUUUUAUUGUGAUUCUAAUAAUGGAUUAAUAUUUUGUUUUUUAACUACUUUUGUUAAUCUACAACUGUAUAAUAUAGAAAAAGAUAAGCAUAUAAAAUUUUUAUGUCCAUUAAAAAUGGUUUAUAAAAGUAGAACGGAUAUAGAAAAAGUAAAUGAUAUGGAAUUAGUUUUAUUUUCUUAUAAUCAUAAUAGAAAUUUAUUAAUGACAAUUGAAAAAAGAAAUUAUUUAAUGGAAGAAUUUAUACAUGAAAAUAAAUGUACUACUUUAUUAUAUCCAAUAUACAAUGUGAAAAUAUGGUAUCUCAAAAAUAACUUAGAAUAUUACAAUUUUUAUAAUCAUACUAUAACAUCUAAUAAUUUAGAUAAUGAAGAACAACAAAAUAAUAAAGCAAUUACAGAAGUAGAAAAAUAUAAAAUGAUUAUAAGUCAUCCUUUUUUAAGUAUAUUUAUUUUGUUAGAACAUAAUGGAAACAUAUGUUUUUGGUGUUUAGAAAAAAGUGAAAAAAUUUUUGAAAAUUCUAUUUAUAAAGAUUAUGAAGUUGACUGUUUUGAUGUAAAUGAUACUGAUUUAACUUGUGAAGUGAAAGGUUGUAAUAUUAAUAACCUAUAUACGGAAGAAAAUGAUGAAGAUAUUAUUUUAAAUGGUAAUGAAAAUGAAAAUAAUAAAACAAUUACUAUAAUUAAAAAUAUAAAUUAUAAUAAUCAUAGCAUUUUAAAUGGUGAUAUAAGCAAAGAUGGAAGAAUAUUAUGUAUAUGUCACAAUAAAUUUAUUAGUAUAUGGGAUACCAUUACUAUAAAAACACUAGCAAUAAUAAAUCAUCCAUUAUAUACUUCCCUUGAUGAAUAUAUAUUUAAUUUAUAUAAAGGAGUUGAAGUAUUACAGGCACAUGGUAAUAUUUAUUUAUGUUUCUACUCGUUUGAUACUCUUUUCAUAUAUUCUCUUCAUCAAUUUCAUUUAGUUUAUGAAAAAAAGUUCAGAGGGAUAAUAGAAUAUAUAAAAUUUGAUAAAUAUACGUAUACGUUUUUAGCAAUAGGUAUAACAAAACGAGUUAAAAAAAAUAAAAAUCAUUUAACUCAAAAAAAUUAUAUUUAUGAAUUUACACAAAAUUAUUUAAAAAAAAAAAAAUUAUUUUAUUCAUCUAAAGAUAAACCUAUUAUUGCAUUAGAUUUUGCUCCUCUUAAUAGCCAAAAAAAUAUACCUUUAUGUAAAGAUCAGAAAUCAACUGUACUAGUUGCAUUAAAUUCUAAAUUUCAAAUUAAUACAUUUUAUUUUAAUAACUUUCCAAAUUUUAUUCAAUUAAAAUAA